AUGAAGGGAAGAAACAGAAUAAACAAGGAACCUGGGAGGGCUCCAACUUCAAUUGCCAAAGUCAUGGGUGCUUGCAGUGAUUUCCAGCAAACUCGAGCAACAAUUUUUGGUGAAAUGUUAGACCAAAGGUUAGGCAGUGUGAUGCCUAGGAAAGACAUAUCAACUGUUGAGGAUCCCUUUGAUGCUCCCACUUACAAUAUACCAGAGAAGCCUGUGACCUUUGCACAGGGGGCUUCAUACAGUGUUAUCAUUCUUGCUGGGCUUGGCAUAGCUGCGGCCGCAGGAUAUGCUGUUUUCAAAGAGCUUAUCUUUGAACCAAAAGAGUACAAGAUUUUUGGGAAGGCUCUGGAGAGGGUUCAAAAUGACAGUCAGGUUCGUUUGGAAAAAAAAGCUGUGAUACAUAGUGGCAUAGUGUGUUUAAAUGCUAAAGUGGCAACUGUAUUAGGAGGUGCAGUGCAAGCACUUUAUGAAGAAUGGCUGAUGAACAAAAAAUAUUCAGGUUUGUCUCGCUCAUCCUUGAAGCCAUCAGGGGAUGAUGAGAUUGUUGGUCCUCCACAAUUUGAGAAGUUGCAAAUUGGGGCAUCCAUGCAUCAAUCUGCCCAGCAAGAUCAGUCAGAGUCAACCCACAAGAACACCAGCCUUAGAAUUGAGGACACUGGUGGAAAAUCAGAAAUUAGGCAAAAGGGAAGACAAGGGAAUCUUGAUUUUAAAGCGGAAAUUUUGAAUAAUGAUAUGAAAGUAACUACCCUUACUGGAAAAACUGAAGAUAUGCCAAGUAGCUCUGGAGCAAGACCAAAAGAAGUGGUCGAAUCUGUUCCUGUUCAAAAUCAAGCAGCUUCUCAGAAACUACUCCAGAAGAUGAGUAUUUCAAACCGGGAUGGUCAGAAUUUUAAAAAUAAAAAACAUAGAGGGAAGGGGAAACAAGAAGAGUCACCAGUUUUCACUUUAGAUGGAUGGGAGAAGAGUAGAGCUGGGAUAAGAACUCUUAAAGAUGAGCCUCCAGAUGUAAGCCGUGAUGAGGAUCUUGCAUGGCAGCUUCAAAAUCAAUUUGAUUUGGAAGACCUUGAUGUACAUAGGGUUCCUUAUGAGACUGAAGCAGAACGUUUAAAAAGGAGCAUGUUUAAGUUUGAGAGGGAUGAUGAUAGCAUCCAUGAAACAGGAUAUCGAGGGAGAGGAAGGGGUAGAGGAAGAGCAAGAGGGAGAGGAAGGAGGGGAAGAGGGAGAUUUGAUUAACCAUGAUUUAUUCACUCAUGUUUCUCAUUAUAUUUGUAGCUGGAAGCUGGAGCCUCACCUAGCAGCAGCAGAAGGAAUCUGAAUUUUCACCAUCUCUCACUGUUGCAGGCUUCACAGCCUCCCUUUUCUCAUCAUCACAGGCUUCGCAGCAGCAGGAAUUCCUCCUCACUUGCAUGGUUCACAGCAACAGGAACCCCUCUUCUCUCACUGUCACAGGCUUUGCAGCAGCAGUUUUGUGGCAGUGAUCAUAUGCCAUCUCUCUGAAGGACGCCAUUGACCCUUGAAUUGACACAUGCUAUUCGGAUUAUGAUAAUAAUGCUGGACACUGGCUAGGUGUUGUGUGUUGCACCUGAACCUAGAGGCACAAUUUCAAAUUAUGGAAAUAACCUCCCUGGGGUAAGUAUGGGUGACACAUUUGUGACGACAUUCAUGUUCUGCUUGGGGUAUGUUAGUGGUAAUCAUCUCCUUGGUGCUGACAUAGAUUAGUUGCUAAACUUGUAGAGCUACUUCAUCUCAAGCCUACAUGAAUGGGAACCUAAACAGCCUCAUGUGAUUUCUUUUGCUUCACAUUAUAUCUGUAGUCUGUAUCUAUGAGGGGUAUUUUGAAAUUAAGAACAAAAAUUGGUCCCUCACUUUUAUUUGAAUUCCAACGUUUCUACCGGUAAGCUCAUGUCACCGGAGCUAUGGUCUUUUUCUAAAUAAAUUUUUUCAUGAAAUGAUUUUAAGCGAAACUUUGACAUUAUAAUGUAUUGUUGGUUGUAAAUCUAGGGCUUUUGGAGAUAAAAGGCUAAACUCAAUAAAUGUGGGUGAGAUGCUGUACAAGAAGUAGGAGGCUGUACAACAAGUAGGAGGAAAAAAAGAAAAAGCACGGCUUUCUCGUGCCAAAUAAGGGGUGUCGAAGGGUUUGGUGUACAGAGCCUCACUUUACAUUUAGAGUGUCUUAUAGAUGUCUUCUUGAAUUGAAUCUGACUCUUCUAUUGCACAUUUGGAACAUAUGAAUGAAAUUGAAUUUUUCA